CGUUUGCGUCCGUUACAACGAGUGCUUAGUUUAGUUUUCCUCUAUUUGGGGCCCUGCGGAAUUGGCAGUUCACUUUCGUUGGUGGCUCGAGUGCGUCGUGCGGCAGCGGAAAACGUUUUUCCAGGCAGAGUGCGCCAUUACUUGCCUGCAAGUCAGUCACAGCAAUUUAUCGGUAAUUGCCCUGCAAAGUGCGUAAUUAGAGCUUGGGGGAAAACUGCGUUUUCCGCAAUUCCAGAACGUGGUCCAAUUUCACCUGAGUACGAAGAAUUCUAAAUCAAACGCGUUUCGUCAACCGCCGUCCGCUUAAACAGUAAAAAAAAACAGUAAACAAACAAUACAAAUCUACAAUCUCACGCGAAUAAAGAAAACAAUAAAGCGAUCGUUCAGCAAUUAGUGCAAGAAGACAAAAGCAACCGUAUUCCGAAUCCAGUUCCGUAAAAGAUGGCGUUUAUUUCGAAAGAUUUUCGGUCUCCGGGGGAAACUUGGAUCAAAACCGAAGGCGGCUGGGAGCGCUCCAAGGUGCUCGAGUGCGGAGGCAAGCGGAAGCGGCACCACUCGGAGGGGAGUAGCAGCUACCAGGACAGCGACAGUUCGGAGGAUGACGCGGUGAUGCCACCGCAUUACCACAUCACCAUCCGGUGCACCAGAGAAAUAGCCGGGUUCAAUGGUCUCAGCGAGGCUGUAAAGCGUCUGGAUUUUCGGCGAUCGGUGCGGGACCGCAAGAGGUUCCACUACAUCUGCGCCUUCCUUCUACUCGUGUCCAACAAGGGCAUCGCCAGUCUGCCGGGCAGUGCCCAGCGCCAGCUCCUCCAAAUGGUCGAGGAGGUGGCGUCGCAUGUGAAUGACAGUCAGCAGCAUCCGAAUGUGCUGCGUGGCCUGGCCCUGAAGUUGGAGCACAUCGUCAGCCAGGAGAACCAGAAGUGCUGGGGCAAGCCCCUGGGCAGCACCUACCUGUGGAAGGAGCAUAUGGCCACCAUCAAGCGCAUCCAGCGUGUCGCCAGCCAAAUCGAAAUCCGAGAGCCCGAUCCAGAGGCCAAGCCCAAGCUGCACGAGCUGCCGGAGGAGUGUGUGCGGGAGAUCAUCCUGUGCAUUGCCGACCAUCGGGACCUGGAGUCGGCCGCCGAGGCCUGGGAGACCAUGGCCAAGCUGGUCUCCGAGCAGCGCAUCUGGCGCGAGCUGACCCGCUUCCACUUCAACCAGCGCCAGAUCCACACCAUCCUCGACCUGGACAAGUUCAAGCAGAUGGGCGAGAUCAAGGACUGGAAGCAGAUCUACCACCAACUGCGCCGCACCUACGGCGUUAACGAUGACUACCAGUUCGCCGAGGUGCUGGCCCUGUGCCGCUCCUGCUGCUGCCUAUUUUGGCCCUCGGACGGGCAUCCGUGCAUCGUUGACCAGAGUCCGGACUACAAGCAGCGCCUGGAGGAGGCCGGCGGACAGUUGGCCCUGGCCCAGCCCGUCCCCCCGGCCCAGUUUCUCAAGUACUUCUCGUUGUAAGCCGGUGGAUCGGACCAAGGGAGAGAGAUAGAGAUAGAGAUAGAUCGAAAGUAUUUUUAUGGAGUGGAUGGGAUAGGCUGAUUGUGAAAGUCUUUAUGCGUGUGUUAAAGUUUUACCCUUGGAGAGAGGAUAAGAGAAGAGAAGAGAAUAGAAGAGAAGAGGAUAGGAGGAUCAGAAAAAGCAAAGUGAUAAAGAAAUCCCUAAUCUAUAACCACAUGUAUGUAUGUACGUAAAUCGCCAGGCUCGUUUCUAUUGGUUUGCAGUUAGUCCAGGUAGCCAGAUAGCCAGGUUACACAGAUUACCAGGUCAAGGUUAAGGUUCAGAUUCUAGUUCAGUUCUUUGCCAACUUGUUGUAUUGUUGCCUCAUCUACGUUUGAACCACAGUCUGUGCAGGUCCGAAGAUUACUAUUAGUUGUGUAGACAUACAUAUGUAUUUAUCGACUCGCGUGUCAGUUGCCAGGGUCCAAUUUUGGGUCGCUAAUCUUUGAGUUCGGAGUGGUUAUAGACUUAUUAAGGACACGCAAAACGAACUGCCACAAGACGAGAAUAAGCGAUUGUAUUUUGUCAAACUGAUUAUUGCAAAACGUGUGUCGAGAAACUAUUUUUAAUGUACCAGUAUAUAUGUAUAAUUAACGAUUUGUUCAUUUUAAGACAAACGAGCAAUACACUUUUAUGCAUGACUUUUGAACGAUCUAUUGUAGGGUUUAAGUGUAGUUUCUUUUACGUAUAUCAGCUGCUUUUGGUGCUAAAUCUUAAUUUAAGUUCCAACGAAAUCAAAUCAAAUACAAAUCAAACCAGCUCCAGCUCCAGUUAACCCCGUGCCCAGUGCGAUCCGAAUUCGAUCUGUAGUUCCAAGUAGAAAUCAUGUGAUGUUGCAGGAAGCAAAGCUAGAAACGAAUACACCUACCUAACAAACGAUAACAAAUCUUCAAGCGAUUUUAAGAACACAUUAAUCCCAACCCUAAGGCAGAUCGGAAGUAUUGGCAAGUAUUUCCCAAAACCAAACCAAAACCCUUUUUGAUGCCUGAUAACUCCGUGCUUGAUGAAACAGAGCAGACAUAUAGCUAAUGUUAAUGUGUAUAGAUACCCGUUAGUGGAAAUCCAGAUCCAAGCCUCAUGAUUUCCCUGUAAAAUACCAAUUCGAUCACAUUAAUUUUACUACAACUAUUACUAUUGUAAGUACGAACGUUUUAGCAUUCUCAAUCAAUUUGUUUGCAAAUAUUUCUACGCGAAAUAAGUCUCUCAUUUUAUGUUUAAAAUAAACUUGCAAAUAUCUGUGGAUCA